GUACUUGCCGACGCCAUCACCUUUCGUCACUUGGACCUCGUUUCGACUCGUUGAUCGCCACAUACCUACCCCGGACUACCGCGUCGACGACGACAGCUUGCACCAUGGCGAACGUUUACUUUCCCUACUCCAAGGCGCCUUUGCGCACCGUGAAGGAGAUUCAGUUUGGUCUCUUUUCCCCUGAAGAGAUCAAGCGGAUGAGUGUGGUGCAUGUGGAAUACCCGGAGACAAUGGACGAACAAAGGCAGCGCCCGCGGACGAAGGGGCUGAACGACCCACGACUAGGAACGAUCGACCGGCAAUGGAAUUGCGAGACUUGCGAAGAAGGCCAGAAGGAGUGUCCCGGACAUUUCGGUCAUAUCGAGCUCGCCACGCCUGUCUUCCAUAUCGGUUUCUUGACUAAAAUCAAGAAGCUUCUUGAGACGGUCUGCCACAACUGUGGCAAGAUCAAAGCCAAUACGUCCGAUUCUAAGUUCCUAGAAGCCCUCCGCAUGAGAGACCCGAAAAGACGAUUCGACCACAUCUGGCGACUAUCUAAGGAUGUCCUGAUCUGCGAAGCCGACGCGCCCCCGGACGAGGAUGAGCCUUUCUCGAAAGAGAGCUCCAAGCCGUCGAGGAUGCAUGGCGGGUGCGGUAACUCCCAGCCUACGAUUCGCAAAGAGGGUAUCACUCUUGUCGGAACCUGGAAGCCCAAUAAGAUGAUGGAUGAGAUGGAGAUGCAGCAGCCCGAGAAGAAGGUCAUCACUCCUCAGGUUGCCCUGAAUGUCUUCCGCAGCAUCUCUUACGAGGAUGUUCGUAUCAUGGGUCUGAGCAAUGAUUAUGCCCGUCCCGAGUGGAUGGUCGUCACUGUUCUGCCGGUCCCCCCCCCUCCGGUCCGCCCUAGCGUGCUUGUCGGAGGCAGCACUAGUGGCCAGCGUGGUGAGGACGAUCUCACGUACAAGUUGGCUGAAAUUGUCCGAGCAAACCAGAAUGUCCAGCGUUGCGAACAGGAGGGUGCCCCCGAGCACGUCGUGCGCGAGUUCGAGUCCCUUCUGCAAUACCACGUCGCCACCUACAUGGAUAACGAUAUCGCUGGCCAGCCGAAGGCUAUGCAGAAAUCUAACCGACCCGUCAAGGCUAUCCGAAGUCGUCUAAAGGGUAAGGAAGGUCGUCUGCGACAGAACUUGAUGGGAAAACGUGUGGACUUUUCCGCGCGUACUGUCAUCACUGGUGACCCCAACUUGUCUCUGGACGAGGUCGGUGUCCCGAAGAGUAUCGCGAGGACCUUAACCUAUCCCGAGGUUGUUACUCCUUAUAACAUCGAGAAGUUGCAGCAGCUCGUCAUGAACGGUCCGAACGAGCACCCGGGAGCUAGGUAUAUUGUCAGAGACAAUGGCGAGCGCAUUGACCUUCGUCAUGCCAAGCGAGCCGGUGGGCAACAGCUGUUGUAUGGAUGGAAGGUUGAACGUCAUAUCAUGGACGGCGAUGUGAUUCUGUUUAACCGUCAACCGUCGCUUCACAAAGAAUCCAUGAUGGGUCAUCGCGUCCGUGUCAUGCCCUAUUCGACAUUCAGAUUGAACUUGUCUGUCACCUCCCCGUACAACGCCGAUUUCGAUGGUGAUGAAAUGAACUUGCACGUUCCUCAGAGCGAGGAAUCUCGCGCGGAACUCAGCCAACUCGCUUUGGUCCCAUGCAACAUCGUGUCGCCCCAGCGAAACGGUCCACUGAUGGGUAUCGUGCAAGAUACUCUUUGUGGUGUUUACAAGCUUUGCCGGCGUGAUGUUUUCCUGACUAAGGAUCAAGUCAUGAACAUCAUGAUGUGGGUUCCUGACUGGGAUGGGGUGAUUCCUCCCCCGGCAAUCUUGAAGCCUAGACCUCGGUGGACCGGAAAGCAGAUGAUCAGCAUGGCCCUUCCUCCUGGUCUUAACUUGUUGCGUGUCGACAAAGACAGCUCCCCGCUCCAUGAGAAGUUCUCUCCUCUGGCUGAUGGUGGUUGCCUCGUCCACGGCGGACAGUUAUUGUAUGGAAUGUUCUCCAAGAAGACUGUUGGUGCCAGUGGCGGAGGUGUCAUUCACACCAUCUUUAAUGAGUACGGAAUGAAUACGGCGGUGGCUUUCUUCAAUGGUUGCCAGACAAUUGUCAACUACUGGCUGCUUCAUAACGGUUUUAGUAUUGGUAUUGGUGAUACUAUUCCUGACGAGCUCACAAUCCAACGGAUCGAGAACUGCGUGCGGAUGAGGAAGAAGGAGGUCGAGGACAUCACUGCCAGUGCCACUGACAACACCCUUGAGGCUCUGCCCGGUAUGAACGUUCGUGAGACCUUCGAGAGUAAGGUGUCUCGCGCUCUGAACAACGCUCGUGAUGAGGCUGGUAGCGAGACCGAAAAGAGUCUGAAGGAUCUGAACAACGCCAUUCAAAUGGCACGGUCUGGAUCCAAGGGUUCCACUAUUAACAUCUCCCAGAUGACUGCGGUGGUGGGACAGCAGUCCGUCGAGGGAAAGCGUAUUCCUUUCGGAUUCAAGUAUCGUACCUUGCCUCACUUCACCAAGGACGAUUACUCCCCCGAGUCGCGUGGUUUCGUUGAGAACUCCUACCUGCGUGGAUUGACGCCAACGGAAUUCUUCUUCCACGCCAUGGCUGGUCGUGAGGGUCUCAUCGAUACCGCUGUCAAGACUGCCGAAACUGGUUACAUCCAGCGUAAGCUGGUUAAGGCGCUUGAAGAGGUUAUGGUCAAAUACGAUGGUACUGUUCGGAACUCUCUGGGCGAUGUCAUCCAGUUUCUCUAUGGAGAGGAUGGUCUCGACGGUGCUCACAUCGAGAACCAGCGUGUCGAUAUCAUCAAGUGUUCGGAUGCUAAGUUCCGGGAUCGCUUCCGUGUCGAUCUCAUGGACCCGGAACGGUCCUUGGGACCGGAGGUUUUGGAGCAGUCCAACGAAAUUGCGGGUGAUGUUGAGGUCCAAAGACACCUGGAUGAUGAGUGGGAGCAACUUCUCCGGGAUCGCGAGUUCUUGCGUAGCGUGGCCAAGGAAGACGAGGAGAUGAUGCAGCUCCCGAUUAACGUGCAGCGUAUCCUUGAGACCGCUAGGACCACUUUCAGGAUUCGUGAGGGCACUAUCAGUGACCUGCACCCCGCAGAGGUUAUUCCGCAGGUGCGUGAUCUGCUGGAUCGGUUGCUGGUUGUGCGCGGUACCGACGUGAUUUCGUGCGAGGCCCAAGAUAAUGCGACUCUGCUGUUCAAGGCCCAGCUGCGCAGUCGUCUGGCGUUCCGGCGCCUGGUUACCGAGUACUCCAUGAACAAACUCGCAUUCCAGCACGUUAUCGGCGCCAUUGAGAUGCGAUUCGCCAAGGCCGGGGCUCCUCCGGGAGAAAUGGUUGGUGUGCUUGCUGCCCAGUCGAUUGGAGAGCCUGCGACUCAGAUGACGCUGAACACUUUCCACUUUGCUGGUGUCUCUUCCAAGAACGUUACCCUUGGUGUCCCCCGUCUUAAGGAAAUUCUGAACGUUGCCACCAACAUCAAGACCCCGUCCAUGACUGUUUACCAAGAAGCUUCUCGGUCUCAUGACAAGGAGGGUGCCAAGCAAUUGCGUAGUGCUGUCGAGCACACUAGCUUGCGUUCGGUCACGGAGGCUACUGAGAUUUACUACGACCCGGACAUCCAGACUACGGUCAUUGAAAACGAUCGCGAUAUGGUUGAGUCGUACUUCAUCAUCCCCGAGGAUGUUACGGAUGACUCGUCUCGCCAGUCGAAGUGGCUGCUUCGUAUUAUUCUCAGUCGACCCAAGCUCCUCGAUAAGGGUCUUACCGUGCAGGAUGUCGCUGCUCGGAUCAAGGCCGCUUACCCUAAGGACAUCGCUGUUAUCUUCAGUGACAACAACGCUGAUGAGCAGGUCAUCCGAAUCCGUCAAGUCCAGGACUACAAGGACGACGAGGAGGAUGAGGAUGUGGAGUACGACGUUACGCUCAAGAAACUGGAGCAGCAUCUCUUGGAUACCCUCACCCUUCGUGGUGUUCCUGGAGUUGAGCGUGCGUUCAUUAACGAGAAGAGCAAGGUCCGAGUCCUGGAAGACGGCUCAUUGUUCGGGAGCAAGACCGACCCGCUUUGCAAGGAGUGGGUGCUUGAAACCAGCGGUUCUUCCCUGGGUGAGGUUUUGGCGAUUCCUGGUGUUAACGCUACACGGACGUACUCCAACCAGUUUAUCGAGGUCUUCGAGGUGUUCGGUAUCGAAGCUGCUCGGUCGGCCGUGCUUCGCGAGUUGACGCAGGUGCUUGCCUUCGACGGUUCUUACGUCAACCACCGCCAUUUGGCACUCCUGGUUGAUGUGAUGACCGUGCGUGGUUACCUGACUCCUGUCACUCGUCAUGGUAUCAACCGUGCGGACAACGGUGCGCUCAUGCGUUGUUCGUUCGAAGAGACCGUGGAGAUUCUGUUGGAGGCGGCCGCUUUCGGAGAGCUGGACGACUGCCGUGGUGUCUCUGAGAACCUGAUCCUGGGCCAGAUGGCACCUGCUGGUACGGGAGAGUUCGACAUCUACCUCGACCAGAACCUCAUGAACACCGUCGUCUCGAACAAUGCCCGCUUCGGUGUUAUGGGAGCCAUUGGCGCCAAGGAUGCGAUCAUCUCGGAUGGCGCCUCGACCCAGUAUGACACUGGCUCGCCCAUGCAGGAGAACGCCUACAUCGGUUCGCCUGAUCCCGAGUCGAACUUCUCUCCUAUCCGCCAGGGCGGUGCCGAAACCCCCGGUGGAUUCACGGAGUACCAGCCCACUGGCGGCUUUGGAGGCGGCUUCAGUCCUGCGGCGACAAGCCCGGCCGGCUAUUCUCCCAGCAGUCCGUUCAGCGCGAACCCGACGUCGCCUGGCUAUUCCCCAACAUCAAGCUACUCCCCCACGUCACCUGGUAUGGGUAUCACCAGUCCUCGUUUCAUGACGUCUCCUGGCUUCUCGCCCGCCAGCCCGUCGUUUGCCCCGACGUCGCCGGCUUACUCUCCUACAUCCCCGGCCUAUGGGCAGGCGUCUCCCACCUCACCCUCGUACUCGCCCACAUCGCCCGGGUUCUCGCCGACGUCGCCCAACUACAGUCCUACGUCGCCCAGCUUCAGCCCGGCAUCGCCGGCGUUCAGCCCGACGUCGCCUAGCUACAGCCCGACUAGCCCUGCUGUCGGUGGCGCCGGUCGGCACCUGUCCCCCACGUCCCCCACUUCUCCCAAGUACACACCCACCUCGCCUGGAUGGUCUCCGACGAGCCCACAGACAUACUCUCCUACAUCUCCCAACUUUGCCGGCUCGCCGACUUCUCCUGGCGGACCUACGUCUCCUGGUUACAGCCCGACGUCGCCGGCCUUCAGCCCUACGUAAGUUUCCUAUCUGGAGGCUCUUCAAUCGGACGCUCUUAGCUCACACAAUCAUGCAGGUCGCCACGCAAGUGAAGUGCAACGUGAAUGCUCUGCUUCAUUACGACUUUCGCU